CUCCUCAUGGCCGUGGGGAGGCGACGCCGGGAGCCCAGGAGUGAUGGUGCAGCCCGGGCGAGCGGAUUCAGGAAGCCGCCCGGCUGCGGGGACAAGACGCGGAGCAUCUCGACCAGGGCUGGGAGUCGCGGUUCCCUCGGGGGCUGGAACGAGGAAGGGAGACACGUCAGUGCCGGAGAAUCCAGCGGCCAGGCGAAGGUUGGGCCGGCCGGGAGCCAUGGCCGACGGGGAACGUCCCAGGAGCAGCCUGAGCCAGGCCAGCAGCGUCCUCACCAUCUCCUCUGUCAGCCUGGGGGCCGCCAAGCCGUCACGCUCCCUGCGGAGGGUUCACACCUUCGGGAAGAGGGAAAAUUCGAUCAAGCGGGACCCCAAUGCCCCCGUCGUCAUUCGGGGCUGGCUGUGCAAACAGGACAGCUCCGGCCUGAAGCUCUGGAAGCGACGCUGGUUUGUGCUGGCCGAUUUCUGCCUCUUCUACUAUCGAGACAGCAGGGAGGAGGCGGUUUUGGGGAGCAUCCCGCUCCCCAGCUACGAGAUCCGGCCGCUGCCAGGGGAGGGGAAGAACCGGAGAUUCACAUUCAAGGCCGAGCACCGGGGGAUGCGGACGUACCUCUUCAGUGCUGACACCCAGGAGGACAUGAACGGCUGGAUCCGAGCCAUGAGCCAGUCCGCUGCGGCCGAGAGUGACCCCAGCACCACCAGCCGCCCCCCGCAGCUGCUCAACCGGCCGGCGCCCCCCCAGGCCCGUCUCUUCGAGGACGUCCGGCCGCUCACGCCCGACCUGGGUCCCGCCAAGAGCGUCGAGUCCCUGGAAAGCCGGCUCUCCGCGCCCCACUCAUCUACGGAAAGCCUGGCGGCGACAGGCCAGGGGGUGCAGGGCGAGGGGGGGCCCCUGCCCAGCGGCCCCGCCCCACCCCCCAGCCCAGUCAACGGGGAAGGGCUCGGGGGGGAGCCGUGGGGCCUAAGCUCUCUCUCGACCCGCAUUCUGCGGGGCCAGGAGCCUUCGGCAGCCAAACGCCCCCAUCCCAGCCCCCCCAGACCCUCCCCACCCCCCUGCCCCCCUGAGUCCGAACAGCCCCCCCUGGAGCCCCCCUCCCCCUGGGAGCCCUCCCCAGAUGCCCAAAGCCACGUCCGCUCCUCCCGUUCCUACUCCCUUCCCCCCACCCCUGGCGAGCUCAGGGAGGUGCGGGGGGCUCAGGGGAGGGCAUGGGCGUCCACCGGGGGGGUCCGAGCCCCUGAGCUGGCUGCGUCCUGUGAAGAGCUCCCCCUGCUGGUCCAGGCAGGGUCCAGCCUGUCCCGGCCCCACACCCCCGUGGGGAGGGUGGAUAUUGCCCCCGGGGGGGCCACGUGGGGCAGCAGAGCCAUCCCUGGGCACCCCCAGACCCCCUGCGACCGCUACGACGUGCGGCCCUCCGAGGAGUCUUGUGCCCGGCCCCCCGGGCGCUACCCCCGCAGCCCCCACCCCAGCCACUGCCUGGCACGGCCCGGGACCCCGGCGGAGGAGAGCCCCCCGCAGACGGCCACGCUGGGACCUGCCCUGGGGAGACAGCCCCGGAGCCGGUUCACAGACUGGGUUUACCCCUCCCUGGGGGCCGCCCCGCCCCGUGCCCGUCUCCACGGCCGACUGAUCUCCCCACAUUCAGCCUCCUCCGGCUACCUCCACCUGCCCCCGCUGCCCCCACUUGCCAGCCGCCCCCCAGGGAAGAGGACCUCACUGGGAGCUCCGCCCCGGACCGUGGCCCCUCUAUCCCGGGACAGGACCCUGCUGGCACUGCCCAGAGCUGAAAGUGACACUGAUAUUCUCCUGACUAAACUCUGCGGCCAGGACAAGCUGCUUCGGGGACUGGAUGAAGAGAUGGGGCAGCUGCGGGCAGAGAAGGAGAGGCUGGAGAAGGCCCUGGAGCUGGCCCGGCACCAGCUGGAUGAAUGCCAAGGCCAGGAGCUGGCGGAGGAGAAAAUCCGGUACCAGCAAAGGCGGCUGCAGGACGAGCUGGUGCAAGUGAGAGCCCGGCUCUGCGACCUGGCUCUGGACAGCGAGAGGGCUUGGGGAGAUUUCGCUGCCCUAGAGAACGAGCUGCACAGGCUGCGGGAAACGCUGGCUCGGAUCCGACAGCUCGGGCACCCCCAGGAACAGGGGGCCGCCCAGCAGGAGCUGUGGAUGAUCGAUGACAUCAUUGCGGGGUUGGGAGCCAGCCCUGCCCCCUACCCCGCCCUGGACCCCAGGACGAGCCCAGGCUUCUCUCUGGCUGCCUCCCCCAUUCUGGAACAUGGCGGGGGCUCAGCCCGGAGCCACGUGCCCUUCCCGGGGCCGGAUGCGGGAGGCCAGCACCACGAGCCGCCACUCAGGGGGGUGCCAGCUGGUGGCAGGGAAGAGGGCCCAGCAACGAGGGGAGACGCCUUGGGCUCCCGGCCCACCCAGAGUCCCUCUGGAAGAGGGGCCGGGUCCCCCGAGCUGGAUGGAGGGAGCCCCCUGCAGGAGACAGAUGUCGCGGCACCAGGUCUCAGCUCGCCUCCGGCCACCCCCCACCUGCCCCGGAGCCCCAGCCCAGGCCCCCACGAGCCCCGACAGCAGAGAACCGAGGAGCUGCCAGCCAAGGCGAUCACCAUGGACCCCCCUGGUCCCCACCGGGCCCGCAUGAGCGUCCAGGAGCAGCUGGAGCGGAUGCGUCGGCACAAGGAAGGCCAGAGGCAGCUGGAGGGGGGCAGGCCGAACCCCUGGGGCUCCCGGCAGGGCUCUCUCCGGGCCAGGGCCAGCCGGCUCCCUCUUCCGACUCACCCCCCCGACCUCGGGCCAGAGCUGACCCAGACCCACACGGAGCCACCGCUCAGGGGGGGCCAUACCGGGGGGCCCUGGGGCCAGUCUCCCCCACCCCUCAAGAGAGACCGCCACAGGGUCAUCACCCUGGCGUACACGCUCGCCACCGAGGCCUCCGAGUGCAGCAAACUCAUCACCGGGAAGACCCCGCCUGAACCCCACAUGUCGGCCAAUCCGGACCCCUCCCCAGAGCCGCUGGAUGCAGUGACCAAUCAGCACGUGCUGUGUACUCCCACGCUCCCCCUGGGGGACCCAGAGGCCAAUCACGUCGAGGCGGAACCAUGUGGCCCAGCCAAUCGGAAUGCAGCAGUUAGCGCCAAUUCGGUGCAGCGGGUGGGAGUGGCCAAUCAGGCAUCGUCUCUAUUUCAAGCGGCCAAUUGGGCGUUGUCUAUUCCUGAGCUUUCCAAUUGGUUUUCACCCUCACCUGAAGCAGCCAAUCAGGCAGCACACCUGUCAGAGGCAGCCAAUCGAGCAUCACCUCUGUCCGAGGUGCCUCAUUGGCCAAUUUGGGCAAAGGGGGUGCCCAAUCAGACGUCAACCACACACAAGGCGUCCAAUCGGGCGUCGCCUCCGUGCUGGGCCGCCCAAAAGGAAUGUGGGGAUUGGGCGCCGGAGCAAAGGAUGGUGGGUAACAAGGACGUGGCCAAUGGCGGGUGCCGGGGGCAGGGCGGGCGUGCCGCGCCCAGCCAGGUGGUGGCGUACCUGGGCGAGGGGAGCCAGCCAAUCAGGAUCACCCUGCUGCAGUCCAGCUUCUAACUCAUUGGCUGAGAACCAGGGUCACGUCCCACCCCUCUUCCACGCCCCCGAGGGGUGGGCUCCAGGGCAGGUCGGGGGGUUGUAUAGGGGGAUGUGCCCAAAGAUGGGGAGGGCUCAGAGGUUUGGGGUCCCAGUCCCCCAACACCAGGGUCAAAGGUCGGAGAGGGGACGCCUUAACCCCAUGUAGUGUCCCAUUGCCUUGCUGCCCCCUGGUGGGCAGAGUGGGAAGUGCAACCCCCUGGGACCUGGGGCCUCUGUGUGUCCCCCCAGCCCCAGCUCUGCCGGUGCCCCUCACUCCCGACCCGCAGCCCCCUGCUAGCCCAGCCCUGGGCUCCCCCCAGCCCUGCUGGUGCCCCUCACUCCCGACCCGCAGCCCCCUGCUAGCCCGGCCCUGCCGGUGCCCCUCACUCCCGACUCGCAGCCCCCUGCUAGCCCAGCCCUGGGCUCCCCCAAACUCCCACGCCGCUGACAGUCAGGGCAUCUUGUGAGCAUCCAGAGGGAAGGGGGAUUUGUGGGGACACCUGAUCCUCCCCCGCCCACAGAUUUAACAAACUGUCCCAACACAGCAGAAGACAGAGACCAGGGGACAUGAUAAAACGCGGCAGCCCCCCCGCGCGCGCCCCCCGGA